AUGGGUCCUAAGAUGUACACUAGUGCCGAGAGUGAUCGGUUUCAAAUGCUUCAUUCGAGCAGUAAUGUCGAGCACGAGCGUGAUCACACUUUUUUGAAGGUGACACCCACACUAUUCACACAGGAUAAACUGCCGUUGUUCGACUCGCUGGAUUUGUACACAUCGCUCAUCAAAUGCAGCAAGUUCAUGGAACAAGGAGAACGGCUCCACAACCUCAGUUGGAGAAUCAUCAACAAAUCUCUGUUGAAAGACCAGAACAUUAACAAGUCGAAAAAGCGCGAUGGUGUACGGAACCUAUACAAUGUGAUCAACCCGAUAAAACAAACACAUUCCUUCCUGCAUCUGCAGCAGAAGCCUAAAUCGAUACAAAAUGGCACCGCGUUGAAAACAAACGGCGUCUCAAACCAUAGCACUAAUGAUACUAGUAAUAAUAAUCCUAUUGAUGAUGACCAUAAUAAUCGUACUACUACUACCACUACCACUACUCCUAAUGAUAAAACUAAUAAUAACACUAAUAAUAAUGCUGAUCCUAGUAAUGCACGUCUUAAUGCCCUUAAUAAUUCUCACAGUCAUUCUAGAGCUACUUCUGCUCUCUCACAGAUUUCCAUAUCAAAGAAACUGUUAUCUACAAAGUCUGUGUCUCCAGAACCGGUAAUGAAAAGCAUGGACACUCCUUCAAGAUCACAGUCCACCACCCCACAUUUAAGAAAAGAAGCGGUAAGGAAGAAAAUCACUAUGUCCCCAGAAUUGGUGAUGUCAGCUACAAAUGAUAUUCAUCCUUCUCAUCACGGUUCCAUCCCUAACCACUCUACUAUAUCGGAAUCCAGGCUAGAUGGCCAAUCUCAAACGUCAUUAUUUAGUAGGAAUCCUUCUAGUAAGUCUCUAUUUGCGAAAAACGCACAUUCAGCUAUUGGAACAGGAAACAACUCGAACAACUCCUCUGCAAAAGGUUCAACGGAGAACCUCAAGACAACAAAAGCAGAUCGUACGUUGGGAGAAACAAAGAACACAUCAGCGAACACUACCACUGAUCAUAAAAACAUGUUUUUCAGCAGUGAGGAUGAAGAAUCUGACUGGGAUUCACUCUCUGAUGAUAGCGAUAUAUACGAUGAUGAUGAAGAUAAUGACCAGUACUAUGAAAAUCAAUGGGAGGAGCUAAUGUUCUCGAAAACAAAUACAAAUCAAGCUGCAAACCAUGUAGUCUCCAAGGAAUCGGGAGAAAAGAAAAGUCUAUUGUCAGGUUUGUUUAUGCAAGAAAAGCAAGUCAAAUCCCAAUCAGUGUCUCCUCCAGGGAGUGCAUCUGUUAUCAAGCCUUUGGAAGGGUUACCAGCAGGCGCUUCAAAGAGUAUCAAAAAUUCAACGCAAAAUUCAGAACCUAUUUUGGUAAGAUCGCCGGAUAGCGCUUUGAAAUUCCGCAUUGAUUCGGACCGCAGCAAUUUCUUGUCUCAAAACCACCCAGCAGGUGUUCCAAUCCAAUCACAACCAGUUGCACCUGAAACGUCUGACAUAGUGGCAGUUGGGUCUGUGACUCCUUCGAGUUCGUGGCAAAACAAAGGUUUGCCUAUUCCUCCGGCAUUUGAGCGUUCUAGACGCCUCGGUUCCUUCAGUAGUAUUGUCAGCGAUACUACCAGAGAGCGCUAUUAUCAUGAGUCAAAUGCUCCUCCAGCUGCACAAACUAUAUUGCCAACAGCAUUGUCAACGCAUAUGUUCUUGCCAAAUAACAUUCAUCAACAACGGAUGGCACUACGAGGAGGUCUUAAUAAUUAUUCCCAGAGUUCAGGUACUGGUAGGGAGAGAGAACGAGAAAAAGUGGCUUCAAGACGGCAAUCUAUGGAUAUUCCAUCAAAGAACAGAAAUAAUUCCUUCAUCAAAACUAGAAUGGAAAUAUCAGAGGAGGAGAGCUUUGCAAGAGUUUACGCCCGUGGUGCUAAGAAAUGA